AUGUUCCUGAUCAUCCUUUCUCUGAAUUCACCGAUACAUUUUAUAUUGCUCUUCAGUCGACAAGGGAAGUUACGGCUGCAGAAAUGGUACACUACUCUACCGGACAAAGAGAGGAGGAAGAUCAUCCGGGACAUCAUUCAGAUUGUCCUUUCCCGCGGGCAGAGGACAAGCAGCUUUGUUGACUGGAAGGACCUGAAACUGGUGUAUAAAAGGUAUGCUAGUUUGUAUUUUUGCUGUGCAAUAGAAAAUCAGGACAAUGAGCUCUUGACACUAGAGAUUGUGCACCGGUAUGUGGAGUUGCUGGACAAAUACUUUGGAAAUGUCUGCGAGUUGGAUAUUAUCUUUAACUUUGAAAAGGCCUAUUUCAUCCUGGACGAGUUUAUAAUAGGAGGAGAAGUUCAGGAAACAUCCAAGAAAACUGCAGUAGCAGCAAUGGAAGACUCCGAUAUGUUACAGGAGACUAUGGAAGAAUACAUGAGCAAGCCUACAUUCUAA